AUGUCAACUUCACUAAUGCCACCAGCAACACCCUACUGCAUUCUUACUGAUAGAUAUCUGCAAAAAUACUUUACAAGAGAUCGUAUUCGACAACAUUUACGCAGGGCGGGUUUAAUAAAUAAAAGUGGACACAUUUUAACGGAGGCUGAGUACGAAAAUCGACUCAUGAAUAUUGAAAUCGGACGUACAAAUCAACUUAAAUUUGAAGAAGCAUUACUUGAAGUAAUAAUUGAAUUAGGUGAAAAACAAUAUAGGUCACUAUGUGAGGAAAUGGAAAACGUCAAAAAACAAUUGCAAUGCCAAUUUGGACGAAUAGAAAGAAAAUAUAUGCGACGUAUACAUCCAAUUAAGAUUCGAGUGAAGCACAAUGGCCAUAUAGAAAAAAAUCCGACAUUGAACAAUUUCAAAGAUGAUCAAAUACCGAUUACUACUCAAAUUGAACCAUGGGCACAACCUUGGAAUCAACCUGAAAUACCAGAGAGAAAUCGACUCGACGAAAUUCUGAAGAAGUUUGACGAACUUAUUGACAGAAUGAAAACAUUAGCUAAAAUAAAUGAAAGCAAUACUUUCCUGCUUAAUUUGCCGGAAACACUUCGCCAAUUGAAAGAAAACCAAGAACAAAUCAGAAAACAACAAUAUUUAUGGAAGAAAGAAUACGACAAAAGAGAAAUUCAAGGAACACAUGAAAUGAAGGGUGAAUCUGAGUUACUUUGGCAACAGAUAAAUGCUUCUACAAGGGAUAAACGACACAGUGAACAAGAAAUUCCAACGUCAGCUGCUAGAAAAAGUCUGUGUGACAAUAGUUCUCAUCUACAUCGAUCAUAUGACGCGAUACCAGUAGAAGGUAAACAAAUAACAUUAGGUGCGGCAAUUAAAGCAAAUGAAAAAGAAACUACGAACAGAGAAAAUCCCCUUGAAAAACUAGGUCGUGAUACUCGUGAUAAUCUUGAAAAGUGGGAGCACCGAGUUAAUGAUGGAUCGCCGAAAACGAUUUCGCGUGCAGAAGUCGAAAAACUCAUUCGUGACGCAAUCGCAAAUUUAAACCCAACAGAAAAAGAUGAUAAGAGAGUGAUAGAUCCAUCCAAACGCCAACGUUCACAAUCAAUGAAGAAAUCAAAUCAAACAACAGCGGCUCCACAAUCUAGCAAUACCGAGAAGGCAACAUCAAAAAAUCAAAAGAAUAAUUCAUUAACUCCUAACGUAGAGUCAGGACUUCAUGACAAUAGUGUGCCUAGUACAGUAGAAGGAUUCAAAGAUUACACAGAUACAAUUCAACAUCUUCGAAACCAAAUUGAUAACUUAAAUCAAAUAAAGCCGGACCGACAAGCAGUUGAUGAUCGUUUUAAACUUGUUGAGCAAAGAAAAGAGCAAGAAAUUACUGAUUUACGAAAGAAAAUCAACAAAUAUGAUGACGAUUUAAGUAAAUUUAGUGCAGAUUUGGCUUCUCUUCGUCGUCAGGUAACUCAAAAACCAAUAUCAACACCUGCACCACUAACAAGCGACAGUUUACCUAUGAAAAAAUAUACAGACGAAGAACUGCAAGCCAUUAUGCCUUUUAUGGAACCUUUGCCUACAUUUGUAAUGCAUAUGGCGUAUGAAGGGAACCCAUUUUAUUAG